CAGGCUUUUGAAAAGUUUGUUUUGACAUUUGGUCGAUCGGAGCAUUUUUGGCCAUCGGAAAACAUUGUAUUAAUCACCAAAUUUAUGUUAAUUAAUCGUGAAUGGUCAGUGUAUUGUUCGAGAGUUCGUGUCCAUCGCCUGAAGAAUGCAGUCAGCAAUUGGUAAAGUCAAUCGAAAGUUUAUUUCUUGAUCGAAGAAACAUCUAAUCGGCGAAACAAAGCAACACAAAGACUAAUCACUUCCAUCAAGUCAGUGCUGAUAAAGAUAACAGUGAAUCCAAAAUGAAAACCGUUUGCCUGCAGGUUUUGAAGUGCUUCCUCUAUUUGCUGCUGCUAUUGGUUUUUAUUGCCUUUAGUUUUGCUUCGAGAGUUCUUUUCGUUUGAACUGGUGCUUCCGGAUUCUUUCUGCUCAGUUGGUCCGGAUUUCAGCUACGAUCAACAACCCCACCCCAAAAGCGUCAUCCAUGAUCAUCAUCGACGAACAAGACUGUUGUUACUAAUUUAAAACCAAUCUUUCAACAAACAUUAAACUAAUCCGAAGCACCUCAUAGGAAGUUGGAAGGGACAAGGUUGGGUUUGAAGAAUAAUGACCAAGACUGGAACCGACAAGGAAAACCUGGUAAAGGCAAUGCAAAAUUCGCAUCACUAGCUACUUCCCUUGUCAAACUUUCCCGCAUCUUAGCUUGAGUAUCUUGUGUAGAACAUAAUAAUUCAGCAGUAGAAAUACGACGCUAAAAGCAGGAACGAGGCGUCCUGGACGCUUCUUCCUGGCCGGACCACCAUCACACUAGCAGCACACCGCAAGAGGGCCGGUAGAAAUGGCCGAUAACGAUGACAUCAGAACGGCCGUUCAUUCGAUGUACACCAGUCAGCAGCAGCAACAGCAAUAUCACCACCACAACCCAUACCAACAAUUUAACCACCAUCAGCUACCGUUCAUGCCGGUCCAUGGAGGUUCAGGAUUUGGCGGCAGUGGAAGCUUUUCCAUACCAAGGUCUCAGUCACAUAUGGUCAAUCUGCUGAGUGAAGAUUUCAUUGCCGGCUACAUGGACGAGGGACGAAUGUCGGUGGUCCGCCGAUUCUUCUGUCUAUUUGUGACGUUCGAUAUGGUUUUCAUCUCCCUGCUGUGGAUCAUCUGUGUUAUGAUCACCGGUGACAACAUUUUUCACGCGCUGCAAACUCAAGUCGUACAUUAUACCAUCUAUACAUCAUUGUUUGAUGUGGUCGUCAUUGCGAUAAUACGUUUUUUAUUUUUGAUAUUCUUUUAUGGACUGUGUCAUCUCAAUCAUUGGAUUGUGAUUGCCCUUUCUACCACCGGAUCAUGCGCCUUCCUAAUCUAUAAAGUGUUUGUAUACAAUUGGACUGCUACACCGCAACCCGUUUUUGAAGUUUUACUAAUUGUGGUAUCGUUUGUAUUAGCCUGGGGAGAAGCAUGGUUUCUGGACUGCCGAGUCAUACCACAAGAACGCUACGCACGCAAUUAUUAUGUCGCAAUCACAAACCCAUCGGUGGAAGCCCAAACUCCGCUGUUGGCACCCUUUCUGAAUUCGGCAAUGUCCGGUCGAACGGAGAGCGUGGGAAAUUUCUACUCCCCCUACGAUUCCAUCCACAACAGCGACGACGAAGAAGAUGAACAGGACGAAGAAUUCAAAAAGAUGGGCAUUGAAUGUGUACGGAAGGCAUAUGCGUUGCUAGAAUCCACCAAUUGGAAGCUGGAGAAAGUCACUUCCAAGGGCGAUACGAUCCAGAGCUGUCAACAGGAUAAAGUUGGAAAAAUCUAUAAAUUAACGGCCAAGAUUAACUUUCCCGCUAAAAGAUUAUUGCAAGAAUUGUAUUACAAAAUUGAGGAAGUCCCUAAUUGGAAUCCCACUUUGCUUGAAUCAAAGAUCAUAAGGAAAAUCGACAGUCACACGGAUAUUUCGUAUCAGGCCACGAUUGGCGGUGGUGGUGGCGUAGUCAAGUGUCGUGAUUUCGUGAAUCUUCGCUGCUGGCAGCUUUGUCGUGAAGGCCGAGUGAUUGAAGGUAUCGAUUUGAAUCCACCCAUCAUAGAUCCGAGUGCUCUGAGUCCGGUGACUGAAGAAAUGGACGAUGAGGAGGAGGAGAGUACUGAAACCGAUGAGGAGUGUAUUCUUGGAAGACCAUCGCCCAAAAUAACCAAAUCCUGUAGUGAAUUUAAACUAGGCAGUAGUAGCAACAGCGUCAGCGAUGGAAGCGAAUCUAAAACAAGAACAGCCUUUUCUACGCUCAGCAAAAGUUUAGGGGCUCAGGAUUUUCAACAUGGUGCUAAUUCCGACCCAGAAGAUGUGUUCUCUGAGGCAUUGGACGAACAACCCCAGGCUAAGCAAGCUCGUUCGCGAAAAAUUGAUUCCGAAGUAACGAAAGGAGGCAAUGUGUAUGUUAGUGCUGCGAUAAGUAUUGAAUAUCCAGGUGCACCCGUCACUACAAAAUAUAUCAGAGGGGAAAACAAAGUAUCAUGCUGGGCUAUGCGCGAAAUAGAGAAUCAAAAAGACCACUGCAUAUUUGAGUGGUUGUUGUGUUUGGAUUUGAAAGGAUAUAUUCCACGUUACGUUCUUGAUACUGCCUACACAACUCUAAUGCAAGACUACAUGACUCAUCUCCGCAACUACGUAGCCGACCUAAAAAGACAAGGAAAAGUGCCUAAAUCCAAUAUUACUUCUUCUACGCCUUCGUCCAGUGGUGGGAAGGCUCAACAUGACCCCAAGGUGCUUGGAAAAUCUGCCGCCGGUGAACCCCACGAAGCAUAGACACUUCAUACCACACAUCGUCUGCAUUAUGUACCCCCAAUAUUAGUCAGAACAGUUUAUAGCAUUUGUUUUUUUUUUUUUUCGAGGGUCUUUCAUUAAUAUACAAACAAACAGGCAUUAUUUGAAAUGCAUAUACGAGCUAGUUCCUGUUGAAAUUACUUCAUGAUUCGAUUUGUUUUCUUUAUUGAUAAGAUGAAAUGAUUUUUUUCCAAUCAAAGACUGCAGGAAUUUUCACCUAUUUUCUCGAGUGGUGAAUGAUUAAUCAAACUUUCCCUCAUAAGAGAACCAUUUUGGUCCGAUCCGUUAUAGGUGCGAUUGCAAUUAGAGAUAAGCUAAACUUGCUAGAUUCAAUAACGAAAGGUCUAAACCCACAAUCGUGUUCGCGAUUCUCAAGUCUACAUUCACAAUCAAAAGUUUUAUUUGUGUAACUAUCGUAUUUUAUAUUUUGUGAUAUUAAUAAAUUUAUUCUCAAACUUCAAA